CCUGAUUCCCCGCCUGGCAACAGGCAUCUCGCAGGGGAGGAGUCUAAUGAUGGGAUCAUCAGUCCUCCAAAACUAGUGCUGAAGAAAAUUGCCAGCAGAAGAGGUUUGAAACUGCAAGCCCUAGAACAGCCCCAGAUCCUCUCACCCUUGUCCUCAUUUGAAGAGAGCAAAGUAACGAGAUACACGUUUGAAAUUGUGGACAACAAAGGUCUCUUGGAUGUCGAGACCAAUCCUGACAUGGAUUCGGUUGACGCCCUACAAGGAGAACAAACAAAACCAACUGGGAGCAGCACAAAUUACGACGACGCCAUGCAGUUUCUCAAGAAGAAGCGAUACCUUCAGGCGGCCACGGCGAACACUAGUCGAGACUAUGCGCUUAACGUGAGCAGCAUCGUGUCGCAGCCUUCUGUCACUCAGGCAGCUGUAGCGAGCGUCAUCGAUGAGACCGUUCCUGCCACAAUCCUCUCUGAGACUCAGACGCUGAACGUGGAGAUCAAGUCCAGUAACGAGAAGAACGUCCUUCCAGACGAGGUCCUGCAGACGCUUCUCGAUCACUACUCCAAUAAGGCCAACGGGCAAGCAGAGAUUUCCUUCAGUGUGGCGGACACUGAGGUCACAUCCAGCAUCUCUAUCAACUCUUCCGAUGAGAGCAGCCCCACCGAGACUUUGGGGACCAGCUCACAAGGACCCCCGGCCGAGAAGGCUAGCCUUCUACAGGAGUACUCCAAGUUUCUCCAGCAAGCACUGGAAAGGACCAGUCAGAACGACACCUACCUGAACAACCAGAGUCUUACGUUUGUAAAUGACAGUGCCAGUCUUGCUGGCCAGCCUUUGUUU